CCGGGCUUUCCCCGCUCCACUCCGCAGCAACUUCGGCGGCCCGCGCGCCGCCAGCCUCGCCCGCCUCUGAAGUUUGCAGCGCCCACCGCAAAGUUGGGACACUUCGGCCGAUUUAAUUUUUCUCUUUUAUCUGCCUCCUCCUCCGCCUCCCAGCCCCUUCGGUUCCUGAGUACUGGUGCUUAGCAUCUUGGCCGGUGCCGGGGACGUGGACUGUUUCGCACACCACACCUCGGGGAGGGAUUUUUCCUCUCACCCCCUCAGGAAAAUCAAACAGAUUUUUUAAGGAUGGUGCCUCUCCACUGGUGUCUGCUGUGGCUGCUAUUACCACUGAGCUCAAGGACUCAGAAGUUACCCACUCGAGAUGAGGAACUUUUUCAGAUGCAGAUCCGGGACAAGGCAUUUUUUCAUGAUUCAUCAGUAAUUCCAGAUGGAGCUGAAAUUAGCAGUUACCUCUUUAGAGACACACCCAAAAGGUAUUUCUUUGUGGUUGAAGAAGACAAUACUCCGUUAUCAGUCACAGUGACUCCCUGUGAUGCACCUUUAGAAUGGAAACUGAGUCUCCAAGAGCUGCCAGAGGACACAAGCGGGGAAGGCUCAGGUGAGCCGGAGCCUCUGGAGCAGCAGAGGCAGCAGAUCAUUCAUGAGGAAGGUACGGAAUUAUUCUCCUACAAAGGCAAUGAUGUGGAGUAUUUCAUAUCUUCUAGUUCUCCAUCUGGUCUAUACCAGUUGGAGCUGCUUUCAACAGAGAAAGACACGCAUUUCAAAGUCUAUGCCACCACAACCCCGGAGUCUGAUCAGCCCUACCCCGAAUUACCGUAUGAUCCAAGGGUGGAUGUGACCUCCCUGGGACGCACCACAGUCACUCUGGCCUGGAAACCGAGCCCCACGGCCUCCUUGCUGAAACAACCCAUUCAGUACUGUGUGGUCAUCAACAAGGAGCACAAUUUCAAAAGUCUCUGUGCAGUAGAAGCCAAACUGAGUGCAGACGAUGCUUUUAUGAUGGCUCCAAAACCCGGUCUGGACUUCAGCCCCUUUGACUUUGCCCAUUUCGGGUUUCCUUCAGAGAAUCCGGGUAAAGAACGCAGCUUCCUAGCAAAGCCUGCUCCCAAACUGGGGCGGCAUGUGUACUGGAGGCCCAAGGUCGACAUUCAGAAAAUCUGCAUCGGGAACAAGAACAUCUUCACCGUCUCGGACCUGAAGCCCGACACGCAGUACUACUUCGAUGUCUUCGUGGCCAACAGCAACAGCAACACGAGUACCGCGUACGUGGGCACCUUCGCCAGGACCAAGGAGGAAGCGAAACAGAAGACAGUUGAGCUAAAAGAUGGGAAAGUGUCAGAUGUAUUCGUCAAACGGAAGGGAGCGAAGUUUUUACGCUUUGCACCGGUCUCUUCUCACCAAAAAGUCACUUUAUUUAUUCACUCCUGUCUGGACGCUAUUCAGAUCCAAGUAAGAAGGGAUGGGAAACUCCUCCUGUCUCAGAAUGUGGAAGGCAUCCGGCAGUUUCAGCUUCGAGGAAAGCCCAAAGCGAAGUAUGUCAUCCGACUGAAAGGACACAAGAAAGGGGCGUCGAUGUUGAAGAUCCUGGCCACCACGAGGCCGAGCAAGCAGCCCUUCCCCUCUCUUCCUGAAGACACGAGAAUCAAAGCCUUCGACAAGCUCCGCACCUGCUCCUCGGCCACCGUGGCCUGGCUGGGCACUCAGGAGAGGAACAAGUUCUGCAUCUACAAAAAGGAAGUGGACGAUAGCUACAAUGAAGACCAGAAGAGAAGAGAGCAAAACCAAUGCCUAGGACCAGACACGAGGAAGAAAUCGGAAAAAGUACUCUGUAAAUAUUUCCACAGUCAAAACCUACAGAAAGCAGUGACCACGGAAACAAUUAAGGGGCUUCUGCCUGGAAAGUCUUACCUGCUGGAUGUGUAUGUCAUAGGACACGGGGGCCACUCGGUGAAGUACCAGAGUAAAGUCGUGAAAACCAGGAAGUUCUGUUAGUUACCUCGUAGGGCGAGAUGCUGUUACAUAGACCUGCAGGAGAGACAUGGAAUCACUUUAAGCAUAAACUGACUACUCCCACGGCUGAGAGAAGUGGCGACGAGUCCUUGGACUGUGAACGGAAAGAUAUCAACUUGUGUAUGUUGGUGUUUAUAGGAGUAUCUGUUGAGGAGUCUUGUUCUAGUGUACCUCAGUGGUACCUAGUAUGUGUCUGCUGCCCGUUGCUGUCAGAGAGGGCAUCUGGAAGGAACUGACAUCCCUUGCUUUGACCACUGCAUGAACUGCUUCUAAAUUAUUUUAUUACCUGAAAAUUUAAAAUAUGCCAUUCAUUGCACACAUCCACAAAUGCAAAUCAUUCCUCUCUAUAGAUGCUAGGAUAUAUAUAAAUUAUUUUAUAAAGUCUUGUUUUAAAUGUCAGUGUUUCUAUGAUUGUAAACUAUUAAAUUCUUUUCCUGUUAAAGUACAGAUCUAAUCUAAGUAUAUAAUUAAGUGGACAGCCCUUUAGUCAAUUAUAUUGCUAUUGUAAAUUCUUAUCUGUUGAGUAAAAUGUUUAAAUACUGUAUGUAUCUCAUGUACAAAGUUGACAUACAUUAUAUUCAUGUACAUAAAAUUAAAGAUAUUAGAUUAUAUACUAUUCAUUUUCCCAAGCA